UUUUGCACUUGUAUAAUCCGGUAGGUGAAGCUUUUCUUUUGCUCCUCUCUUUUCUUUUGAUGUUAAUGCUUUGUGUAUUAAGAAACAGUGGGUCUGUAUUUUUCCUUUGUUUUCUCGCUACCCAAACAGAGCAUUACCUGAUUUUAGGUUGUGAGGAUGCUUGUGUGGUGAAGAUGGAAAAAGGGGGGAAAUUGUGAAAUUGUCUGGGAAUUUGAGUUUUAGGAGACGGGUCAAGGUUAGUUUGGUUGCCGAAGAUUUUCUUCUUUUUUGGUGAGAAUGGUAUGAAAGAUUGAAAUGGCAAAUGAGGAUAGUGUAAAGAUUGUAACAGUGAGUUAUAAGGAUGAUAGUGAAACAAGUUCGGAAAGUUAUGAGAAUACGAGUGCAUCAUAAUCAUCUUCCAGUAGUGGCUCCAGUGAAUGAGCAGGAUGAUGAUGAUGAUCAUAAUGUGAAAGGGAAAGAAGAAGAGGAGGUGGAAAUUAAAGUUGAAGAGAGUGAAAUAGGGUAAGAAAUUAGAAAUUACAAGGUGACAAUGGAAGUGAUGAUGAUGUAUAGAGGCAAUUGGCUGGUUGGAUUGACACUGAUGUCAAUAAUGGUGAUGAAGAGGAUGUUGGUGGUGUUUUGGGCAAAUUCAUUAGGUCCAAGAAUGAGUUUAAGGCUUUUCCUAGAACAAGUUUCGCUCUUAACUUCCAGGGAUCUCCAGAGUUGGCAGGAACAACAGAAGGAAACUCAAAUUUGGACAACAGGUGCAGCAUUUAGCUGCUGGCUAAGAUCUCCAUGGUUCGUAUGGAUCAACAUUCUAAUCUGGAGCCCUUUUUUCUCUGUUUUUGUUGUUGUUGUUGUCCUUAAUACACCGGUUCCCUUUACAUUCUUCAUCUUCACUUUCACUAGUUAUUGGGAGGAUAGUGAUGAAUUUCAAUAAGCAUGCCACCAUAGUGUUAUUAUGACAUACGUGGAGGGUUAAAAGACGAUUUGCCCAUAAUUUAAUAUUAAGUACUUUUAAAAUAAAUAACUAUUUUGUAUCUUGUCCUUCUGUUUUGCUUUAGACUAUGUGAUGUGUGCAUAAUAUAAAAGAAAAUGCUGCUCAACUUUUGGAAAAUAAGAAAAGUGUAGAAAAUGUUUUACUCAAUAGCCUUUACAGGAAAAAAAAGUAUCUUGGUAAUGAUUUAAGCAGUAAUAUGAAUGUAAUCUCCUAGUAUUGUUUUUAAUUAAUCUUCUUGCUAUGUCAAGGGUGGUUGAUCUUUGGGACAAAAGUCAUGUUGUUUGUAGAGUCGGGUCAUAAUUUGAUUGUAGAGUCGGGUCAUAAUUUGAUUCAUGAAGAAAAAAAACAAUAAUAGUCCCACCAGUUUUUUAUUUUUUAUUUUUUUUAUUUUUUGUUUUGGGCCAAAUUCAAUGAACUAGUUUUGAAAAAAUAUAUUCCUACAUUAAGAAACGGUGCAAAUCUACCAACUUUUUUUAAACAAAAGCAGUUUCCACAAGUGGUCAAUUAUUUUCCCAGUGAGCAAAUUACAUUCAUUGAAUUACCACUACAUGUGAAUUCUCACUUGUUUGAUGAGAAAAACAAGUCGAUUUCUUAUUUAAGCCUAUGCAUCUCCAUUCAUACAUCUGUACCAAAGCUUUUACGGCAAAGUCCGUCUCUCCAUUCCUCACCUCCUUCACCACCACCAUCGAUCAAUGGCGCAAAUCAGCAUCAUCGUGGUUACGUUUCCAGCACAAGGUUGCAUAAAUCCAGCCCUACAGUUUGCAAAGCGCCUCAUCAGCGUUGGUGUCGAGGUCAACUUCUUCACCACCCACUCCACUCACCGGCGCAUGAUCAACACCGGAGCUUCCACCCCUGCUGGCUUGUCUUUCAUCCCCUUUUCUGAUGGCUACAAUGACGGUUUCAAGCCUGGUGAUGACAUCAACCACUUCGUGUCAGAGCUCAGCCUUCACGGUUCGCAAACUCUGUCCAAUCUCAUCAUCUCUAAUGAAAACCAAGGCCGACCUUUCUCUUGCAUAGUCUACACCUUGCUCCUCCCUUGGGUUGCAGAGGUGGCUCAUGAACUUCAUCUUCCAUCUGCAUUGCUUUGGGUUGAACCGGCUACCGUUUUCAAUAUCUACUACAAUUACUUCCAUGGCUACGAAGAUCUGAUCAGGGACAACAUGGGUAAGAAUGAUGAUCAUUCAAGUUGGAUAAGAUUACCUGGACUUCCAUUGGAGCUCAGAAGCCGUGACGUCCCUUCCAUUUUAGAUGCUGAAAAUGCUAACAAUUUCACAGCUCCAUUGUUCAAACGACUUUUCGAAUUGCUUGAUAAAGAAAACAAACCAAAAGUUCUCGUGAAUACAUUCGAAUCAUUAGAACCAGAGGCAUUGAGAUCGAUCAGUAAGUUCGAUAUGAUUGGAAUCGGACCAUUGAUUCCAUCUGCUUUCUUGGAUUAUGGGAAAGAGAAAGAUCCUUCUGAUACUUCUUUUGGAGGUGAUCUUUUCCAAAGCUCCAAGGAUUAUAAACAAUGGUUGAACUUGAAGCCUAAAAGAUCAGUGAUUUACGUGUCGUUCGGGAGCAUAUCUGUUUUGUCAAAGCAACAAACGGAGGAAAUUGGAAGAGCUUUGUUAGAUUAUGGACGUCCAUUUUUGUGGGUCAUUACAGAGAAACAGAGAAAUGCAGAGGAAAAAGGGAAAGAAGAUCAUGAGCUGAGAGAGGAACUGGAGAAGCUUGGAAAGAUAGUUCCAUGGUGUUCACAAAUGGAGGUUCUGUCAAAUCCUUCAAUGGGUUGCUUCAUGACGCAUUGUGGGUGGAAUUCAACAUUGGAGAGCUUGGUCUGUGGGGUUCCAAUGGUGGCAUUCCCUCAGUGGAUAGAUCAAAGAACCAAUGCUAAGCUGGUAGAGGAUGUUUGGAAAACAGGGUUGAGAGUGAAGGCAAAUAAGGAAGGGAUUGUCGAAAGAGAUGAGAUUAAGAGGUGCUUGGAUUUGGUUAUGGAAGAUGGAGAAAUCGGGGAGGAAAUUAGAAGGAAUGCUGAGAAAUGGAAGGAUUUGGGUAGAGAAGCUGCCAUGGAAGGUGGUUCUUCUUAUAAGAAUUUCAAGGCUUUUGUCAGUGAGCUAUAAUUGCAAAGAAAUUGGCUUCCUUCGCAUUUAUUUAAUUGUUUAAGAUUAAAAUUUUAAUUAAGUCAAUAAUAAGUAGGUACGUACGUCUUUAUUC